ACUGCCUGUCAAUCUGGAAAGUUGGCACAUAAAGAGAUUGAACCACAGUCUCACCAACACUCACCUUCACCACACGCGCACCAUCUCAGCUCACUGCACCAAAGUCAUGGAGUCAUUUCAGGGACCUUUCGUCGAGGGGGGGGUGAAGAUCGGCCACGCGUUCCUGGACGGGGAGCACCGCUACACGGUGAAGGGGGUCCGCACACACAGCGGGCGGGGGCCAGCGUUCGCCAGGAAGGGAGACAUGCUGACCUGCAUCAACGGCACUAGCCUGGCGGACAUCCCCCCUGACGAGCUGGCACACCUGCUGACCGAGGGGAACCCCAAGUUGACGGUGCACAAGGCCACCAGGAAGAAGGAGGCUUCUGAACACUGCCCCCUGGAAAAGGAUGCCCUCCAUGCCUUCAAGAAGGAGUCCGGUGUGCUCUGCUUCUCCAUGGAGAUGAGGAGAGAGGAGGACCUGGGGAAGGGAGAAUGCGGCAUUGGGGGUGGGGGGGGGAGUGGGGAGGAGGCUGAAGAGGGAGGGCGGGGCGAGGCCGGGGAGGGCCCGGCGGAGGAGGCGAACGAGGAAGGGGAGGACGAGGGGCGUGGGGUGCUGGUGGUGAAGCUGACAAACGCGAGCCUCUCUGUGGUGAAGGGGCGUGGCUGUGCUGCGGGUUGCCCCGUCCUCGAGUGCCAGGGAACAGGAUGCACGUUCAACGAGGUGGUGUUGGUGGCGAACUCAUGCACGGUGACCAGCGGCAACACGGCCAUGUUCAUGCAGGACAAAGUGCAGGGAAACAUCAAUCUUGAGAACAUCCAUUCCAGGACCUACCUCCGGGAUCUCUGCGAGGACAACAUGCUCUACGCGUCUGAUAAUCCAACGGAAAUGACGAUAUACUCCUACAAGUCAACCGUCACGAACGAGACCUUCAGAGGCGUGCCGGUGGUGCUGAACUUCACCGAAUCCGAGAGCUUCCUCAAAUGCACCAAAAAGGACAAUGGGGCGAUCCUACGGGUGGAGGCCUGUGACAAGCAACGUCUGAGGCUGAUCUGCAAGCAGGAUGAGGCAGUCCUCGCCUUCCUCUUCUACAUGAAGGGGACGAUGAGCGGAGAGCACCAGUUUGAGUCUGCGCUGUGCGAGGGCUGGUUCAUCCAAGUCCUGGACAAGGAGAAAGUGCUGGUGGCCAAUCCGCCGGUGCCCAACAAUGAACCGUCUUUCUACUUUGUCAUUGAGAAGUAGAGAAGCGAACCCAAUUGGUUGGGGAUUCAUCAGGGAUGACUACCGCUGCUGCCCGCUUGCGACAUCUCAUGCUUACUUGUGGCCAUAUGGGGUUGCUCUGUGAGUAACCGAUGGAUCAGUGUUCAGCUUGUGUACGCCACACCACGUAUAGACACGUACCUACGCACACACACACGCACACACACACACGCACACACACACACACACACACACACACACACACACACACACACACACACACACACACACACACACACACACACACACACACACACACACACACACACACACACACACACAAACACACGUAAACUCAUACACAGAUGUACAUAUAUGCUGUUUGAUCCAUGAUAAAAUACAAUUGAUCCUCUCACUGAUAUAUAGAUCAGAAAACAAAAAACGCUUUUCUAAUGUUCUUUUCUCUUUUGAGGCCUUUAUUCAAAACCCUCAUUUUGAAUUGUUCUUGUUAUUUUACUUAUUUUUCCUGUUCUCAUACUAAAUUGUUAUUAGAAAACAGAAAUAGGAGCCUGUUCAAAAACUUUCAUAUUUACAUCGCCCACUUUCAAACAUUGACUGUAUAAAUGACUAAACCCCCCAAAAAAUGCAUGCAGUCAUUGUUAAUAAACAUUAAAAAGUGAAGCACAAAAUAAAUAUAUGGACUAGUUUUUUAUUUGGUCGAGGGAAGAUAUCUUUGUUGUCACAAUUUACGUGCAAUUGGCUUAGUUGUGAGAGCCAAUGAGGACCUAUUUUAUUAAUAAUAAUUUAGUAAAAAAUUUUGUUAAAAAUGUUAUUGAGAAUGUCAUUAUAAUUCAUUACCUGUAUCUUACUCUCAAAUGGAUACAUACUACAUCACUGUUUGGUAGUCAUUUUGAUUGGACCCCAUUAAGUUUCGAGUCAGAUGUUGUAGGAAGCAACACCGUUAAUUUGACAUUAUUGACGUAUGACGUUAUUUUUGCAUUGGACAUAGACAUUUAAUGUUUUUUCAAGUAUUGAGGAAAGUUACUACAGCACAUAAAAGUAUACAAUCAGUUACUACCAUACAUAACAGUACACUAUAAGUUACUGCAACACAAAACAGUAGAUUUUAAGUUGCAAGACAUAAAGUGCAUCAUAAGUUGAGGUUAGUAGUAACUGUCUCUCAGCUAACUCCAGCAGUACACGAAAGGUGUUUGCUGUGCCAGGUCCAGCCUUCUGUGGACUGCAACCUGGGGCGUUGUUAGACCAAGAGCUUUGCUGGGGCACAAGCCCCCAACUCCCAAUACACUAAUGUGCGCUCAAUAUGAAAAAGAUGGUUACAGAGGGGUAUUUACAAGCUUCAAAAUCAUUAUCGUCACUGUCAUACUGUAGGCUAUAUUAAGGCACUGGUAAAGGUAAAGAAUCAAAGAUAGAUUCAUGAGUACCGUACAAUGAUAUUUAUUUAAACACAUACACACCUCAAAAAUUU